AUGUUCUCAGCACAAAAGCCAAUGUAUGGCUCUGGGACAGGCAUAAAUAUGGGUGCCGGUGGACCCCCUGCAAACAAUCCAGGAUCGAUGCCUAUGCCCGGAGUCCCUUCGUCAAUGGGCCCAGGCAUGAACCAACAAAUCCCUGGCGGUGGCCCAAUGCUAAUGAACAAUACUCCCAAUAACAAUAAUAACAACAACAACAACAAUAACAACAACAACAACAACAUYGGCAAUAAUAACAAUAAUGGUAAUAACAACAAUAACAAUAACAACAACAGCAGUAGUAACGAUGGUAAUGCUGCCCGUGGCAACAUGAACAUGGCCAAUAGUAGAGGCGCAAUACACGCAUUAGAUGAUCCUAAUGUGUACCAUUGGAUUUGUCAAUUGACAUACGGCCCCCAAAAGGAACAAGCGUUGCUUGAACUUGGUCGCAAAAGAGAACAGUUCGAUGACCUUGCUGUGGUUCUUUGGUCUUCGUUUGGUGUAAUGACUUCGUUGCUGAACGAAAUAAUCUCUGUUUACCCCAUGCUGCAGCCUCAAAUGCUAUCCAACAACUUAUCUAAUCGUGUCUGCAACGCGUUGGUUCUUUUACAGUGCGUUGCGUCGCAUCCAGAGACCAAACACCUUUUCCUCCAGGCUCACAUUCCACUCUUUCUUUUCCCCUUUUUAAAUACGACUUCGAGGCAGAGGACAUUCGAGUAUUUAAGAUUGACCUCAUUGGGGGUGAUAGGUGCAUUGGUCAAGAAUGACUCACAAGACGUAAUAACGUUUUUGCUCAGGACCGACAUCGUACCGCUAUGCCUAAGGAUUAUGGAAUCUUCAUCUGAGCUCUCUAAAACAGUGGCGAUUUUCAUUUUACAAAAAAUCCUAUUGGAUGAUGUCGGAUUGCAAUACAUCUGUGCUACAUUGGAAAGAUUCUACGCGGUCACUAAUGUGUUGAAGGAUAUGGUGGAGCAUUUGACCGUGAGUACGCCACCGGGAAGACUACUGAAGCACAUUAUCAGAUGCUACCUAAGAUUGAGUGACGAUUUGGAAGCACGCAGGUUGCUGAAAGUCGUAUUGCCCGCCAAGUUGAGAGACAACACUUUCACCGAAGUGCUAAGAGACGACGUCGGGUCCAAGAGAUGUUUGGCGCAAUUGCUGUUGACGCUAAACGAAGAAACCUCAUGA